AUGGAUCAACAGCACGAAAAUGAUGAAUACGCUUCAAUCACAAUUCCGCUGCUGAUUGGAGAAGGUAAUAUUUCCGGUGAUCCCUCAACUAAGGCGAAGGCGGGGCAUGAUAAUGUUGAUUCCGUUUCACCAGGCGGCUCUACUUCAUUUUACAGAACUUGUCUCAAUGUGGUCAACGCCCUUUCAGGAAUUGGAAUACUUGCACUACCUUAUGCGUUGGCAGCGGGAGGAUGGUUGAGCUUGAUAUUUCUGUUUGUUAUUGCAUCUUGUGCAUUUUACACUGCAUUACUUAUUCAGAGAUGUAUGGAUAUGGAUUCCAAAAUCAAAAGCUUCCCUGAUAUGGGGGAGCGCGCGUUCGGGACGUAA